CGCAGGCUGGUGGGUGAGAGGUUAAAGGGCACAGGGUUGUUUCGUGCUGUCAGCUUGUUGUUUUUGUAAUUAUAUGUGCGAAUUUGUACAGGUUUAAUGCGGAACCUCAGGGUGCAGAAGAGCUUGGAGUGUGUUGGCCUACAAGGCUUUGGUAGGCCGCAGUGCUUUGCGGUCCACUCGGACACUGGGACUGUACUCGUUGCAUCAAGUCAUGGAAUUGCUCAACUGGACCCUCAGAGUAAACAGGUGAUUAAUGAGGUCUCCUUGACUACAGAUGAAUAUCUUCCUGAAGAUGGCAGUGGAUUAAUUGUUGCGAUCCAGGAUCUUCCUGAACAGGAGUCUGUCUGUGUAGCAACAGCAACAGGAGAUAUCUUACUUUUUAAUUUAAGCACUAAUCAGCUGGAAUGUGUUGGAAGUGUGGACAGUGGAUUGACUGGCAUGAGCUGGAGUCCAGACCAGGAGCUGGUUCUCCUUAUUACAGGCCAACAGACCAUCAUCAUGAUGACAAAGGACUUUGAGCCCAUUACUGAAGUGAAAAUUCAUCAGGAUGAGUUUGGUGAAGGCGAAUUCAUCACAGUUGGAUGGGGCAAGAAAGAAACUCAGUUUCAUGGGUCAGAAGGGAAACAAGCUGCUCAAAAGAAGAAAGUGGCAGUGCAGCCAGCUCUACAAUGGGAUGAUCAAAGGGUGCGCACCACAUGGAGAGGAGAUGGGCAGUUUUUUGCCCUCAGCGCUAUUUGUCCAGAAACAGGUGCUCGGAAAGUGCGAGUGUGGAACAGAGAGUGUGUUCUCCAAUCAACCAGUGAGCAAGUAAAUGGCUUGGAGCAACCAUUGUCUUGGAAACCUUCUGGAAGUUUGAUUGCAUCAGCACAGCGGAAGCCCAACAAGUAUGAUGUUGUGUUUUUUGAGAAAAAUGGGCUUCUUCAUGGAGAAUUCACACUUCCUUUUCAAAAGGAUGAAGUUAAGGUUAAGGAACUCCUCUGGAACAGUGACUCAACAGUGUUGGCCGUCUGGUUGGAAGAUCUGUGUGUAGAUGGCACAAGCAAGGGUAAUGUCUAUGUUCAGCUGUGGGUUGUGGGGAACUACCAUUGGUACAUGAAGCAAAGUCUUCAUUUUGGAAACGAUCCAGAGACGAAAGUGGUUUCCUUGAUGUGGGAUCCUGAAACAUCAGAUCGGCUACACAUUCUUUGCAGUGACUGGCAGUACUUGUGUUACGACUGGCAUUGGAGUAUUGAACGUAGUGGCGGAGAAGAUGCCAGUGUGGCUGUUAUUGAUGGAGAUAAGGUCCUUGUCAGUGUGUUUCAACGGUGUGUGGUACCUCCUCCGAUGUGCACUUACCAGCUUCACUUACCUUGUGCUGUAAACCAGCUGACCUUCCUCAGAGAUCCUGACGGACUGACCUGUCUCGCUGUACUGACUGCAGACAGCCACAUCUACGUCUACCAGGAUAAUGAUGAAAUAAAAGACAAAGCUGCUACUCCAAAUGGCUGCAGGAAGAGCAUACCAACUCCACAGCUGAAGAAAGUAUACAGUGUUACUGUGUCCAAAGAGAUGACCCCCAGAGUAAAUCCGCUUUGGCUGCAGGAGCUCACGUGGCUGAGAAGAGACACUUUCCUGGCGGUGGUCUCGGGAGAAGGGACAUCAAAGUCACAAAUUCUUCAGCUGAUGACUACAGAGACCGAGGGUCAAGAGGCAGUUUUACACAUCAGGUCUAAUUUGGAAGUAAAUGGUUAUGUGACCAAAGUGUGCUACAACCAGAGUACUACGACUGUGGUUCUGCAACUUGAUAACGGAGAGUUACUUCAGUACUUCUGGGAUUCUUCAGAGCCAUCUUUGGGGGCAUGGAAGAGCAGUGCAGGCUGCAGCAUCAGUUUCCCUCAACCUUGUGUGCAGAUAGCUUUAUGCACCAUAGCAGGAGAGGAGCAAGUUUUAGGACUUACAGACCGAUUCAGAUUCUAUAUGAAUGAUACUGAGAUGGCAUCCAAUGUCACAUCGUUUUCAGUUAUUGACGAAUUUCUCCUCUUUACAACGCAUUCACACACCUGCCUCUGUUUAAGACUGGAAGAUUUGUCCCUGAAAGGCAUUCAGGCCUCUUUGUCUGCCGAUGCUAGCCAGAAUGAUGAAAUUGUACGCAGAGUGGAGAGAGGUUCCAGGAUAGUAACUGUUGUGCCUCAGGAUACAAAGGUGAUUCUACAGAUGCCUCGAGGAAAUCUAGAGACAAUCCACCAUCGUGCUCUUCUCUUGGCUCGGAUUAGGAAAUGGCUAGACAGGCUGAUGUUUAAAGAAGCUUUUGAUUGUAUGCGAAAGCACAGGAUAAAUCUUAAUCUGCUUUAUGAUCACAAUCCCAAGGUAUUUCUUGACAACGUGGAGGUGUUCCUAAAUCAGAUUGACUCUGUCAGUUAUAUCAACCUGUUUUUAACAGAUUUAAGUGACGAAGACGUCACAAAGACAAUGUACCCUUGCGUCUCAGCCAGUACUGAUCAGAUGACUCAGAAAUCCGAAGAAAAGAAAAAAGACCUGGUCUGUGAUGCUGUCAGAGCAGCAAUGGAGAAACUUGAUCCUGAUAAGUAUUGUCUCUCCAUAUUGACUUCACAUGUAGGAAAAACGUCCCCUGAACUGGAAAUAGCUCUUCAAAAAGUUCACGACCUUCGUGUUAAUACCCAGGGUGCUUCCACAUCAGUGAGUGCUGAGGAUGCUCUGAAGUACCUCCUGUUCUUGGUGAAUGUCGAUGAACUAUUUGAUCAUUCCCUUGGGACCUACGACUUUGACCUUGUUAUCAUGGUGGCAGAGAAAUCACAGAAGGAUCCAAAAGAGUAUUUGCCUUUUCUGAAUUCCCUGAAGAAAAUGGAACCAAAUUACCAGAAAUACACCAUUGACAAACAUUUGAAACGUUACAGAAAAGCCCUCUGUCACCUUAGCAAAUGCGGUCCUGAACACUUUCCAGAACUUUUAAAUUUGGUAAAAGAUCAGAAAUUAUAUAAUGAUGCUUUAACACUGUAUCCCUUGACAAGUCAGGAAUAUAAAGACGUGAGCUGCACAUAUGCCGAUCAUUUGAGUGAGGAGCGUCACUAUGAACAAGCGGGCCUCCUGUUUGCACGCUGUGGGGAAAUUCAGCAGGCCCUUGAAUCCUUUGUGUCCGGGUGCAGCUGGCAACUUGCUUUUUGUAUGGCCUCUCAACUGAACUUUACAGAGGAUAAAUUGGCAGGUCUGGCACGCACUUUAGCAGGAAAGUUGCAGGAACAAAGAAGACACAGUGAAGCUGCACUUAUUCUUGAGCAGUAUGCCAAGGAUUGUGAGGAAGCCAUCUGUGCGCUAAUUGAAAGCUCAUCUUGGGAAGAAGCUUUACGACUGAUUUAUUUGCAUAACAGAUAUGAUGUCAUUGAUACAAAUCUGAAGCCAGCAAUUCGAGAAGCCCACAGCAGCCAAUCAGCAUUCCUGGAAUCACAGAAAACAAUGUUUGUCAAGUAUAAGGAACGUCUAGUGGUGGUCCGAGAGCUUAAGGAAAAGGAAAGGCUUAAUCUUCUAGAUGAUGAAAUGCCAGACUGCCCAGAUUCUGACUUGUUCUCGGAGGCCAGCAGUAUGAUGACCACCAGUAAUAUGGGUUCAAAAUAUUCACAGAGCAAUUCCAGAAUAUCCGCGAGAUCCUCUAAAAACCGUCGGAAGGCCGAACGUAAGAAAUACAGCCUGAAGGAAGGAAGCCCCCUAGAAGACCUCGCCCUGCUUCAGGCAUUGGGAGAGAUCAUUCAGGCAAUCGGAAAGCUAUCAGGUGAAGUUUCAGGUCUUUUGAAAAUGUUGGUGUUUUUUGGCUGUGACUGCCAGGCCCGCGAAUUUCAGAAAGAUUUGGAUGAAACACUCAAACUAAUGGAAAAGUCGAUUCCUGAAAUUUGGUCUGUGAGUGCUCAGCACAGUCCCAACACGCUGGUGCUGGGUCCAAAUUCAACAGUAAACAGCAUAAUGAACUCCUAUCAGCAGCAAAAAAUGCCCCCCGUAUCACAACAAGAUUCUGAACUUUUUAUUCCUCCAAAGCUGAACAAAAAUAUCAAGUGGAAACUUAAUCUGCUACAAUAAACUUGUAUUUCUUAUACCUUGUACAUUUCACUGAAGAUGUUUUUUUUUUAUU